UGCGCCUGCGCCUGAAAGGCUGUGGGAUGGGGGCGCUUGCGCAGUGCGGUCGUUUGUAGCCUGGAUUCAGGCGGUGGGAAGUGGAAGCUGCUCUUGGGCUAGGGUCGGAGCCGGGCCUGGAGCCGAGUUCUCGCGGGGACGGCUAGGGUGGGCUGAGCGAGCGAGUGAGCACCGGGCAUGACAGUGCUGUGAGCCGUGCAGGCUGGACGAUGGGACGGCGCCGGGCGCCGGAGCUGUACCGGGCGCCAUUCCCGCUGUACGCGCUGCGGGUCGAACCCAGCACCGGCCUCCUCAUCACCGCGGGCGGGGGCGGCGCCGCCAAAACUGGCAUCAAGAAUGGAGUGCACUUUUUGCAACUGGAACAGAUUGGCGGAGCUCUGAGUGCCUCUUUGCUGCAUUCCCAUGACACAGAGACUAGGGCCACCAUGAACCUUGCCCUGGCAGGGAAUAUUCUUGCUGCAGGGCAGGAUGCUACUUGUCAGCUCCUUCAGUUCGGACCUCAACAGCAGGAGGAGAGCAGUGACAAGCAGGACAGUGCAGGUCCCCAGGAGCAGGGCCCAAGGCAAAGGAAGGGGACGGGAGCCACGACUGAAACACAAGAAAAUGGGGCAGCAACUCAUCGAGAGGGGGUGGAGCUGAACGUGGAGAACUUGGAGUCUGUGCAGACAGACUUUGGCUCUGACCCAUUGCAGAAGACUGUGUGCUUCAAUCAUGAUAAUACCUUGCUUGCCACUGGGGGCACUGAUGGCUUUGUUCGAGUUUGGCAGGUGCCUAGCCUUGAAAAGGUUCUGGAGUUCAGAGCUCAUGACGGGGAAAUUGAAGACCUGACUUUGGGCCCUGGUGACAAGAUGGUGACAGCAGGCUGGGAUUUUAAGGCCUGUGUGUGGCAGAGGGACCAGCUGGUGACAGAAUUGCGCUGGGAUGAAAACUUGCCUCCUUUACCUGACACACCUUACCGCUAUCAAGCUUGCAGGUUUGGGUGGGUGCCAGACCAGCCUGCUGGGCUGCGGCUCUUCACAGUGCAGAUUCCCUACAAGCGCCUGCGCCGGCCACCAUCCUGCUACCUCACAGCCUGGGAUGGCCAUAAUUUCCUGCCCCUUCGGACCCAGCCUUGUGGUAACGAGGUCAUUUCCUGCCUCAGUGUCAGUGAAUCAGGCACCUUCUUAGGCCUGGGUACCGUCACUGGCUCUGUUGCCAUCUACAUCUCUUUUUCCCUCCAGCGCCUCUACUAUCUUCGGGAGGCUCACGGCAUCGUAGUGACAGAUGUGGCCUUCAUGCCAGAGCAGGGGCGUGGCCGAGAGCUCCUGGGGUCUCAUGAAGCAGCAUUGUUCUCUGUUGCCGUGGACAGUCGAUGCCAGCUGCAUCUGUUGCCCAUUCGGCGGAGUGUCCCUGUGUGGUUGUUGCUGCUGCUGUGUGCUGGGCUCAUCAUUUUGGCCAUCCUGCUGCUUCAGAGUGCCUUCCCGGGCUUUCUCUAGCCUUCCUUGUUUCCUGGGGGAUCAGGACCCUGGACAUUGAAAAGACCAGAGCCAGUCAAGGCCUAGGGCACCACUAUUUCCACAGAGACCAGAGCUGAAGCUGCCCCAUGAAGACAAGGAAUAUGAUAGUGGCCCCCUCCCCACCAAAAGGCUGAGUGUUGCCGAGCCCUGGGCUCUCGGCACAGGUUCUUCUCAUUUCAUCUAAGCAAUUUCUGAGGUACCACUCACUGCUCCUUCUAACAGCAGAGCUGAAACUGUUCCGGAGAGGACUGAAAGUGUGACAGCUGUCCCCACCUCACCUAGAGUCUGGAUGCUGCACAGCCCCUGCCAGCCUUUCCCCUCAACAAUGUGAAGAUGUCUGGAGCCUUGGUGGCUGUUCUACCCCCACUUUGUUUGAGGAGCUCAUCUCCCUCUUGCUGCUUGGUGAUGAAGUGAACACAUCUCAUCCCUCCUCUUCCAUGCAGCUCUUGUUCAUUUGCAACUGAGAUUAAGUCGGUGUUCCAGUCCUUAACAGCUGUUUAUGGGACUUGGAGGUUCACAAAAAAAAAUUAGAAGACCAGUAAUGCCUCAACAAUAGGUUUUUUUAUUAUGUUGAAUUUUCAUUCACAAAAGGGGAAGCUUAAGGCUUAAAAUGAAACAAGCAGGAGUUUGGGAGGCAGCAGGGGAAGGAAACAGCAAGGUCUGUCUCCAGGACCUCGAGUGUGGGUUAAUCAUCAGACCACACUAGGAGGAGGAAAAGGGUGGAGAAGGGGUCAACAGUCUUCUUUUGGAAAAGAUGCCCUUGGUCAGCACACCCAGCCCCCCUGAGUUCUGUCAGUCUUCCUAGUUACUAUGUGGGGGAUGUCAUCACCUUCAUACUAGGGCAACUCUGAAGCCAGUAAAGAUCUCGGGUUUUAUCAGAAGCUCCAAGUUCUCAUCCCAACCCAUCUGGUUGGUUUCCAGUGGCACUGGCCAUUAACUAGCAUCUCUCUGCCUAUGUGAAUGAAGCCUAGCCAAAUCAAAUAAUACAAACAAGAGAUAUGGAAGUUUACAGAAAAUGGUAGGAAGGGGGAGAAAGCAUUCCUAGUGUCCAGAGCAGAAGACAGACACACCUGGCCUACAGCUAGCCAGCCUGGCUAUGGCUGCAGUAAGUUUCGGUCAUCCCUAACCAUAAGGGGAGGAGAAGGGACCUCACUGAGUCAAAACAAGUAAAAGUUAAGAUUUAAUAAAUGAGGGGAAGCUGAGCUGAGAUCUAUGGCUCUUCUCCUAGGAGUCGGUCAGCCCUUGGCCUUCCUUGGAAGGUGGGGUUUCGCUGAGGGCCUGCAGUUCCCCUGCAUGCUGGAAGACAGCGGCAGCAUACUGGUGAAAGAGGCGGCUCAUGUAACAGUACUGCCAUGGGAUCAGCCCCUCCAGGAAGCCGAUGUGGCCACCCCGGGAUGUAAUCAGCAGUGCAACAUGUGGCAAGUGUGUAGCAGCCUGUAGUGGGAAAGCUGGGGGCGGAGGGAGGAGGAGAGAGGGAAGGGAGAGCUUAGUCAGGAGCCAAAGGAGGCUCUUUACCCCAGCCCCCUAAGCCAGGCCCUAGGGCCAGUUUUCCCUGGGAUUUGAAGAGUAAUAGCUAACACAUCCCACUGUAAAGUCUGCAGAUCACUUUGCCAACCUUGUUUGAGCCUCACAACGAUCCUGUGAGACAUAGGUGCUAUCGUUAACUCCCAUUUUACAGAUGAACGAGCUUUAGAGAGGUCGUGGCUUUCCAGGGUCCUACUGUAAGGAAGUGUCUGAGGCCGGUUUUAAUCCAGGUUAUUCUGACUCUCCAGCACUCUCCCCUAUACCAUGCUACCUCUCUCAAUGCUGAAGAUAAAGAGACUCACCUUGAGGUGGGGAAAAUGGGUCAUCUGCUGCAUUGAGACAGAGCACAGGGACACAAAUUGCAUCCACCUUGGCUCCAGGGCUUGCUGAAUGGUAGUAGGUGUCACAGUCUUUAUAGCCAAAGGCCAGUGUGGUGUAGCGCUCAUCAAACUGGCGGAUGGUACGGGCCUGACAGGGACAGAAUCGAGCUUAGCGGUGACAAGAAGUGGAGACGGUUGCCAAGGGAUUGGGGCAAAGGUGAGGGCUUAGUUCUCUACCUUAAGCACAUGGUCCACAUCCAGUUUCUCCUCGAUCACCUUCCUAUGCCUGUAGUAGAGUGUGUGUGUCAGGGGAGCAGUCGCAGCUCUAGUUUCUGUAAUUUUUCCCCAAUUCCAGCCUGACCAAUUAAUCCUUUCCCACACUGGCUACCACCCUGGCCUGCUUUUAUUUUUGCAGUAGCAAAAGGCACCGUUGUACUCAACUGAAACUUCCUCCCUUUUCCCCACCCUGCCACUGCCCUACCGUCCCACAAAUCGGCAGAGUGCAGCUGUGAGGUGCUGGUUGAAGAGCAGUGCAUUGAGUGGCGUCUCCAGAGAGCGGGUGGUUUCAAAGGAGUCCCAACAUGCAGACAGGGUCAGUGCUGCCACCAGCCCUGCUGCGUUACCUGUCUGUGCAAGGUGGUUCAGCACCAGGACCCUGCAAGACAUUGGGAUCAAAACUAUAAAGGGAGGGAGGAAAGGGGAGGUUUAGACUCUGGUGUCAUUAGGAGAUGGUAAUCACUAAAUAAGGAGAUAGAUAAGGUAAUCAGCAGUGAAGCAGUCACUUAGGGAAAGGGAGAGGAACAAUUAGCUGAGAGUUGGGCCAACAUAGGAUGAUCAUGGUCUGUAAGGAAGCAGGGCCAGAGGCCUGUUGGAGGUAUGAGUGAAAGAAGGGACAGAGAUUUCUGCUAAGGAAGGACUGCAGUGUCUCAUUGCUUAGGUCAGCUCUAAUAACCUAGUUGACUCUUACCCUCCUAGUGAGAUUCCUACAGCCAGCAGUGGGGAUUGUGGAUACUGGUGCUUUAUGUGAUUCACAACUAUCUCCAGGUCCUCUGUGUUACCAGCGCAAAAGGCCCUGUGGGUCUGAGGACAAAUAGUGUCACAUGGAGAUAGGAAUAGACAGAAGGGCACAGGGCCCCAGGAGAUGAGGUAGCUCAGUGGGGCAGGGUGGAAGAAGGGAGUGAUGCAGAUAGGUGCAAAGUCUGUAGGGGGACAAGGCCAAAGGCUUCAAGACUGCUGAGGACGAUGGGGUCAGAGGGGUGAGAGCUUAAUGCUAGAAGAGGGGAUGGAACUCACCAGCAGUUCUUCCCCACGGCAGCCCCGGUUAUUAAACACGACAGUCCUAUAUAUAGCACAGACAGGAACAUCUCAGCCAGACCUGCCCUAGAAGGCCUUUAUGGCUUUUGGGGUAUCUUGCAGAGAGAUUCCAGUCAUGAGGGACCCAAGCCUAGAAUCCACAGAAUUCUCUCUGCCUCCCAGUAGCAGGUUUCUCCCAGUAUCUGUUUUCAGGGGAGGCUGCCCUUCCUUUUGUAAACUCCUCCCUGCAUCUGUUUCUCCAUCCUGGACUACUCAGACACCUGCCAGCCACCCUCAGUUACCAUUCUUACCUGUAGCCAUCUAGAGUGGCCUGGUAUACUAGGUGAAGGAUGUAGGUCUCCUGGCUGCUGCCUGUGAUGCCCGGGAGCAGUAACACAGUGGGCCGGUUGACAGGGUCAGGGUAUUGGCUAUUCUCAGGUUCUUCGGCCCAAUCUAGCAGCAGCUGUCCGCCAUCAGGUGUCUGGAGCACCUCACUGUGGAAGGGUGUAUACAGAAGUAUAUCUAGGGAUUUCUAGACCUUUGUUCCAAGAAUUCUGUUAACACCCGAGCUCUAAACCCAUGUGACAUAAUUUUCCUUCCCUACCUCAGAAUCCCAAGGCUGAGUUAAUAAAAAUGACCAAUCUUAGUGUUGUUUAUUUAGAGGGUAGGGGAAGAUAUAAUAACUAGACAGGUGUCAGAUUUUCUGGUUGGCUAUGCCAGCAAAACUCCCAAGUGUGGCAGGAACCAUAUUUAAAAUGUAAUUGGGAAAUGUUUAACAAAAUAAAUAAAAAUACAACAUAGAACGAUAUUAACUUGUAGUUUUCUAAGUCAAUAUGUUGUCGCAAGGGUCUCUCUUUGGACACCACUGAACUAUGAGACCCAUCCAGUUCCCAAAGAGAGGAUUUGUCCAUAAUCACAGAAUGAAUGAGAAAAUAGAAUUGUGGCAAGAAGGCAAGCCUAAAGGCCAACUCUUGGUAUUUGUACUGUAAUGGCACCUUUUGUGCUUGAGUUCUACCCAGGGUGCAUAGCCCAGAGAGGAUGGGAUGGGGUCAGAUAGCUAAACAGGGCUCCCUCUUUUUUAGCCUUUCUCUAACCUCUCAGAUCUUCUCACCUCCAGUAGGAGACAGGGGGCCGGGACUGCACAAAGACUCGGAGGACAGUUUGAAGCCUCCCUUCGAAACACCAUGGCGUAGGGUAGAAUGUUUCCAUAAUAAUAGGGCAGUGCUGCUUCAGGAAGGCCCGGAAUUGGGGCCCAGCCACCAGCCGAGGCUUCUGUAACCACAGAACACAGUCUUAUCUCAUUCUCACCUCUUGUCUCAGCCCACCACUGCUUUCCCACAAUGAGGAUGGUGUAGCACCAGACUGUAGUGGAGGACUAACCAGAUGAAUUGCUCCUUAUCCAUCCCCAGGGGCUAGUAUGCUCUGAGCCUUGAUCCGUAAAUGUGGUCUUGACCAGGCUGAACCUGUAGGGGUGAGGGGAUCUUCUCUGGUUUAAUGAUAGCUCCCAUACACUCCCAGUUUGAAAAAUUGGUAGGAGCCCAAAUCACUUGCAGAGUGAUGGAGCAAGCCCAACCAAAAAAUGGAUUCUUCCAUCUUCCCUGGAAUGCAUAUACCCCAAGGGUGACCCCAACAUAAUGCCAAUGGCUGCUCAGAUCAGGGAUAACCCAGCACUGUAUUCCAUUGGACUAGAACAGACAUCCAAGUGAUGAUUAUCAGCUCCAGCAUCCCAGCAGCUGGCUACCAAUCUGGUACAGGAUUUCAGGGAACAGAGACAGACACAUGCUUACCUCUAAGCUAAUUACAGAGUUUGUGGAUAACAUACAAACCAGUUGUGGAACACUUGCUCACAGAAAAGUUUACAAGGAGAUGUUCUUCCACCUCUCCAGCACCAUUGAGCCCCCAGCUUGGCCUGGUUCUGGGAAAUGAACCCGCACACAUGAUGGGAACCCAGAUGGUCAGCUCUAUUCAAGUUACAGACUGAUUUUAUGUGGCCUAGAGCAGUUAAAAGCAUUGUGGGUUUUAGGUGGAUAGAAGACAAUAGUGGCUGACAUUUGUAUAGCAUUUAAAGUCUGUAGAGCACCAUUUACAUUUUGUCCAUUUGAUCCUUAUAGCAAUUCUGUGACAUGGAUACAAUUCUUAGCUCCUUACAAUCGAAACCAAAGCUGAGAGAGAUUAUGAUUUUUCCCCAUGACGCAGAAAGUGUCUGAGGUGGGAUUUGAACCCUAGUCUUCCUAACUCUAAGUCUAAGCACUAGGCGUGCCCACUGCCUGUCAAAGGGAGCUGAAGCCUCUUGAUGAACUAAUCUAGGGUAAGCAGAAUUUCAAAAAUGGUCAUGAACAGGUCACAUAAGGAUAAACAGUAGGUGUUGGUAGAAUUCCUUUAGGGUUGGGUUGUCCUCAGGGAGUCAUCCUAGCCGUUUGUCCCAUAGCUGUCAGCCUGGUCAUGAGAGGUGCACUAGGAAUAAUAUGAAGGUGACAACCAAGGUGACUAAAAACAUAGUUCUCAAUUCUUCAUACAUGCUACCCCAUAUAUUCCCCAUAGCAGCAAGUGAAGGCUGAGGUCUGAGCCAAUCAGAAAGCAUGUGUAUGGAGAAGAAAGCCCAAAUGCUUCAGGCUCAGAAACAUCCAUCCCAACCCUGGUGCAGGACUUAGGAAAUCGUACAACACAAAUAAUUCUCAGACCACUGCAGUAAUCAGAAAGGCAGCGUUAGAGGGUAGGGAGAUCAUACUGAUUUAAUGGCCAUUGAGAUCUGCUAUGCUCCUUAAGAAGCUUGAAGCUAUCUGAAACUUUCAUAUUUGUUUGCAAGGAGGCACAAUGGCCUGGCACAUAAUAGGUGCUUCAUUAAUGCUUGUUGAUUGAUUAUCCUAGAGUGCUAAUAAUGUAAUGGUUGAUUCCUAUAUAGACUAUAAGCUUCACCCUAGUUAAGUGUUCCAUGGCCAUAUUGUAUGCUGUGGAUCACAAGGAGGUGAGAGUAUGCUUGGACUAGUACAAGUCCAUCACUGCUACUCAGAAAAGCAACAACUCCUCAAGUGUAUAUCCUAUGAUGUAUAAUAUCAGUAAGAUUUAUUUAUUACUAAGCAUUACAAUCAUUAUUUCAUUGCUCUUCAUGAUAACCCUGUGAGGUAAAUGCUACAGGUAUCAUUAUCCCCAUCUUAGACACGAGGACACUGAGUCUCAGACUGACUUGCUUAUGUGUUUGAGUUGGCGUUCAGACUCAGAUCUUGCCUGAUUCUGAGUCCAGGGAUCUUUCUAUGACACCAUACAGCCUGACACUAGUUUACUAACAUAGAUCGGAAAUUUUCCUUCAUAUUAACCACAAUUUGAAGAUUUGGUGUUUCAAGACCCAUAAAAUGUGUCAGGAAUCUCUAUACACUUGGUUAUAAACAGAGAAAAAAAGGUUUAGAGAGGAACCAUUCUUGCCAAUGUUUGGGAUCAGAAUAAAUAGAACUUGCUUCAAAAGAAGGAGCUUAGAACAACCUCGUAAAGGACAGGGGUGAAAUUAGGCUUGUUUUUUAUUUUGCUGGUGGGAGUGGGGUGUUGUACUGUGGGAUUGAUAAAAGUAUCCUGGUAGACCUAGCUCCUUGGAACAAAGAAGUUUAAUGAAAAUUGAGAAGGAAGUACAGCUUUGAAUUUGGAUUAAAUGUAUUGAAAAUAACACAUUUUAUUGGUUUUUCUAAGCCAAAUUAAAAUGUUGGUUUAUAAAA